AUGAUUAAACUUAGAUAUUCUAAAAGAUCUAAAAGUAAAUAUAUUUCCAAAGUUAGAUCAUCUAAUAGAAAAAAAAGAAAGAUAUCAGAUAAAACUAUCAAAAAAGCUAUAGUUAAAAAAAUUAAACAAAAUAAUCGUGAAUAUACACCUGAAUUUGUUUCUUUGACUACGAAUUUAAGUAUUCUUGGUUAUACUUCGAUAUUAUCAACAAUACAAUGCACAAAAGAAAUUAUAACAUUUCUUACUGGUCAACCUCUUAAAUCAUGCUUAUCUUCAACAGACAAAAGUACUAGAGGAGAAAAAAAAAUAUUUUUAGUAUGUAUAGCUUACUGGAACGAGAAUAAACAAGAACCUAUGCUUACUAUUCUUAAUAUGAAAGAUUUGGAUCGUUGUUUAGCAUCCACGGUAUCUUUAAGCGUAGGAGAAGCUCUUAGAUCAACAGGUGGUGCUAUUAUUAAAUUCAAUCAGCAAUAUUCGGCAAAAGCAACUCGAAUUCCUUGUGGUCUACAUGCGUUACAUAUAGCUUCAACACAUUUUAAUGAUAUGACAUUUGGAAAAAUUAAAUCAAUUUCAGGAAUUUCUUUAGAUCCACAUCCGUCGAAUGUUCUUAAUCUGGCUUAUUAUCUUCAUUGCGGAUAUAAUGAAUCUGAUAAAGACAAUCCAUUAAAUAUGAAAACAGAGAAAAUUAGCGAAUUAUAUAAAGCAUUACUUAAUUAUAAUCUUAAAAAAUAUCAAAAACCUAUCUCAACCCGUUGGUUAUAUCAAUUAACUACAGCAAAACUAUAUUUAGAUUGGAAAGAUAUUCAUUUACAAUUUUCUAGUUGGUUUAUCAACCAACUAGAAAAAGCAAACAAAAUUCCUGAAAGUUAUUUAAAAAAAUGGAAAACGUUUUAUAAUUUUUUACAAAAUGAUAAAUUAAAUAUAGAAAUUCAAAUAAUAGAUACAAAUACUACGAAUCUUCCAAGUGGAUUUAGAGCGAAUGAAAUGCCAGAUAAAGUCGAACAAUGGAUUAAUGAAUUGCAAAUAGCAGCUGAACAUCCUGACGAAGUCUUUGUAGAAGAGAUGCUAUUAACUCAUGAAGCUUUAUCUACAGAUGAGUUUGAUGAUUUAAUAAAUAGAAUUGGACAUGGAUUAGUAAAAGCAUUAGAUGCAUUUAAACGAUGGAUGGAUCCAUGGACACAUUUACCUCUUUCUAUAUGCCGGCUUGGAGGAAUUUAUGGUCCCGAUUUUGCAAUUGCAAUUAUUAAGUUUCACCAAGUUCCACCAUGA